UUAACUCCUCCCCUCCUCUCCUCUUCCUCCCCCUCACUCCUCCCCUUCCCCCCUCUCUCUCCCCCGUUGCUCUGCUGGAAGGAACCAUUCCUUGAUCUAGAUUUCGUACGGGCACGCGCUGCUACUCCGAAUCGUUCGGCGCCGCCGAUCCGCCGAAACCCUAGAAGGAAUUCUGCUCCGCGGCGAAUUCGAUCAGGGGUUCGUUUUGAUUUGAUCCCGAGAAUUCGCGCGGCGGGCGAGGGCGAAUCGGAUGGUGUAGAAGUCUCUUCUUCGCGGCCAGCCAUGCAUCUCUCGCUGUGGAAGCCGCUGUCCCACUGCGCGGCGCUGCUCCUGGACAAGAAGCACCGGCCGCCGCGGCCGCCGCCGGCGGGGCCGGGGGCGGGGUCGGGCAGCGGGCGGAGGCUGCAGGAGAGCAAGCUGCGGGAGGCGCUAGAGGAGGCGUCCGAGGACGGGUGCCUUACCAAGUCCCGCGACGCCGCGCUCCUCGACGGCGGAGACGGCGGGGAGGAAGGGGGUUCCGUGGGGCGGUCGCGGUCGCUGGCGCGGCUGAACGCGCAGCGCGAGUUCCUGCGCGCUACGGCGGUGGCUGCCGAGCGCGCGUUCCUGUCGUCGGACGCGCUCCCGGCGCUCGCGGAGGCGCUCGCGACGUUCCUCUCCAUGUACCCCAAGUACUCGUCCUCGGGGGACGUGGACCGCCUCCGCGCCGACGAGUACCCGCACCUGGACAAGGUAUGCCUUGACUACUGCGGCUUUGGACUCUUCUCCUACCUCCAAAGCUGCAACCUUGCCGACUCCUCCGUGUCGUUUACGCUCUCGGAGAUCACCGCCAACCUCAGCAACCACGCCCUUUACGGCGGCGCUGAGAAGGGCACCGCCGAGCACGAUAUCAAAAAUCGCAUCAUGGACUACCUCAACAUCCCAGAGUCAGAGUACUGCCUUGUCUUCACGGUCAGCCGUGGCUCGGCGUUCCGGCUGCUCGCCGAGUGCUAUCCCUUUGGAACCAACAAGCGGCUGCUCACCAUGUUCGACCACGAGUCCCAGUCCGUGAAUUGGAUGGCGCAGUCUGCGCGGGACAAAGGGGCAAAGGCCUACUCCGCCUGGUUCAAGUGGCCCACCCUCAAGAUCUGUUCCACCGAGCUCCGAAAACAGAUAUCCACCAAGAAGCGGCGACGCAAGAAGGACUCCGCUACUGGGCUGUUCGUGUUCCCAGUGCAGUCGAGGGUGACAGGGGCAAAGUACUCGUAUCAGUGGAUGGCAUUGGCGCAGCAGAAUCACUGGCAUGUCCUGCUGGAUGCUGGGGCAUUGGGGCCUAAGGACAUGGACUCGCUUGGGCUGUCCUUGUUCCGGCCAGACUUCAUCAUCACAUCGUUUUAUAGGGUGUUUGGAGCUGAUCCGACGGGUUUUGGUUGCUUGCUGAUCAAGAAGUCAGUGAUGUCAUCCUUGCAGAGCCCGCAUGGUGGGACUGGAGCAGGGAUGGUGCGAAUUGUGCCGGUCUUUCCGCAGUAUUUGAGUGAUUCGGUUGAUGGGUUUGAUGGUGUCACGGAUGGCCUUGAGGAUGAUAUGAUCAUUCCUAUCGAAGAGGAGUCAGCAUCGGACAGUCACCAUGCAUCCCAAUUACCUGCAUUCUCGGGCGCAUAUUCAUCAGCUCAGGUCAGGGAGGUGAUUGAAUGCGAAAUGGACCAGGACAGCUCAGAUAGGGAUGCUUCCAGCACGAUUUAUGAGGAGAAUGAGAGUGUUUCUGUUGGGGAGGUCAUGAAGAGCCCAGUGUUCAGCGAGGAUGAGUUAUCCGAGAGCUCUUUCUGGGUUGAUUUGGGCCACAGUCCACUUGGUUCAGACCAUUCGGAACAGUCAAGCAAGGGGAAAUUGGGAUCUCCAUUGCCAGCGUCCUGGUUUUCUGGUAAGAAGAAUGCCAGGAAGACAUCGCCAAAGGUGCCAUCCAAACUGGCAAGGAGCCCUAUUUAUGAUAACCAUGUAGUAUCCUUCGAUGCAGCUGUGAGGUCGGUGUCACAAGAGCUAGAUCAUGUGAAGGAAAUCUCAGAGGAAGAUUGUUCACACAAUGGCAAGGUCAGUGAAAUUGAAGAAUAUCAAGAAGGUAAAGAAAACAGGAGGUUUGUAAAGUUCUCUUGUGCCAAUGGCCCCACAGAAGGCAGUUCGGUAUCUGUUUUUGGGGGUUGUGCUGCCAAUGGGAAUGGCUCCACAUCGGAGAUUUGCUCAGAAAGCCAAGUAGAAGCUAAAGAUAGUGCCAUUAGAAGGGAAACAGAGGGAGAUUUCCGUCUCCUGGGAAGGAGGGAGGUACCCAAUAGCAGAUUCAAUGGUGGCAGGCUCAUUGGAGUGGAAGAAGCAGAAGUGUCAAGUAUGGGGCGCAAGGUAUCAUUCAGCAUGGAGGAUAGCAGGCUGUGUCGCAAUGCAGAUGCUGGAGAGACAUCUGGAUAUGCAGUGGCCGAAGAUGACGAUGAUGAUGCAUACAGUGACUAUGAUGAGAUUCAGGAUGGAAGGAAAGAACCUGAAAUUAUCUGCAGGCAUCUUGAUCAUGUGAACAUGCUGGGUCUUAGUAAGACCACACUAAGGUUGCGUUACCUGAUCAAUUGGUUGGUGACCUCACUACUACAGCUUCGGCUGCCUGAUUCAGGAGACGGUGACGGGGUACCCCUUGUUUAUAUCUAUGGCCCGAAGAUCAAAUAUGAACGAGGGGCGGCAGUUGCAUUCAAUAUAAAGGACUGCAACACCGGAACUUCACUGAUAAAUCCUGAAAUGGUUCAGAAACUAGCAGAGAAAGAAGGGCUCUCUGUGGGCGUCGGUUUUCUCAGUCAUAUACGCAUCAUGGAUAACCAGAAACAUGGGGUGGUUGAUGUGGGGCUCAGUUCUUCCCUUUGUCGGCCUACAUCAAACAGCCGCCAUGAGAAGAAAAAUAGCAAAAAUGCUUUAGUUGGGAUUGAAGUGGUUACUGCUUCCCUUGGGUUCCUUACGAACUUUGAGGAUGUCUACAGGUUGUGGGCAUUUGUUGCAAAAUUUCUGGACUCGUCAUUUCUUGAGCAAGAGAGGCUAUCAUCAAUUCCUGAGGAUGCAGAAAGAUAGUAUAGAGGAUUUCUGUUGUGGCUUUUGCAGCAGUUAGAGAAGUCAGUUGUGUCUAUUGCAGCAAUUUUAUAAAUACAAAAAGAGAAGGUGGUGGCGCCAGUGUAAGAUUGUGAGGAGGGUAGAAGAAGAGAUAUCAAGCGCUUUUGCUUGUAGCUUUUAUAACCCAAAAUGUCUCCACUUGGCAUAAAGGGGCAAUACUUGGUGGUGCGGCUGGUAUAUUUCUUCAUUCUUCUUUUCCCCCUUUUUUAGGCAUGCGACUUUUUUGCUUGUAGAUUUUGUUCCAGAUUCACAUGUAUCACCUAAUUAUUUGAUGAGCAUCAUUUCCAUGUACUUGUUUUGUAAAGUGGCUCCAUUAGCCAUGAAGUAUGUUUGCAUGUACGAUUCUUGCAUCAUGAAUAUCAUGAUGAUAGGUGAUUCAGCCUUUUUUUCAGUUCUCUGGUCGAACUUGAAAUCA